GCCGAAACAAAAAAUUUCAGAAAUCGGAGAAAAAAAAAGGGGCUUUUCACCGUCUCCGUCCGUCUUUCUUUCUUCUCCGGCGACGACCUUUUUGGUUCCCUUUGUAAAUCUGAACCUACGAAUUCCCCCCACAGCAAAAGCUCAAACACAGAAGACCAAUUCAUCAUGGCCUUUUACACUCAUCCCUGAGUUUUUUUUUUUUUUACCUAUUAAAACCCCACUAAAAACCUCUGAAUCCACUCUAUAUUCUUCAAUUUCACUAACCCUGUAAUGUCCAAUUCAGGUGGUUUUUCUGUUACCAGAACGCAGUCCGGUGACCGGUUCUACAACCCGCCGGCGGUGAGGAGGCAACAGCAACUCUUGCAGCAGCAGCAGCAGUUGCAGAAGCAUUUAAAGAGGCCGGCGCGGAAGGAGAGAAGCGUUAACUCUGCUGAUUCAGCGGCGGAAGCUAGGACUGACUCGGAUGAUUCCACAUUGUCCAGGCCUGAUUCAGAAUGCUCCGCUUCGCCGCCGAGAAGUGCUAAUUUGACCAAUUUGGAUCGGCUCAUGGAAUCCGUUACUCCAUUGGUACCUGCUCAGUACUUCUCAGAGGCAAGAAUGAGGGGACGGAGAGCUCGUGAAGGAGACAUACAACCAUUCUUUAGACUUGGGGACCUAUGGGAAUCUUACAGUGAGUGGAGUGUGUAUGGAGUUGGAGUACCCCUCUUAUUGAAUGGUAGUGAAUCUGUUAAGCAGUAUUAUGUUCCUUCCUUGUCAGGCAUGCAACUGUACGUAGACCCACAUAGACCCAGGAGGCCUGGUGAGGUUACUGAUGCUGACUCUUCAAGGGAGACAAGUAGUGGUGGCAGUAGUGAUUGUGAGGCAGAGAGGUGGUCCAGAAGUGGUGUUGAUGGAUCUCAGGGUCAGCACAACAUCAUUAACUCUUUCUCCCAGAAAAUGAACAGACUUACAUUGAGAGAUAAACCUCAUCUGAGUUCAUCUAGUGAUGAAGCUGAGGUUUCAAAGUCACCUGGGAUGCUGAUUUAUGAAUACUUGGAACAAGAACAACCCCAUCAUCGAAAACCAUUAUACGACAAGAUUUCAAGUCUUGUGACUCAAUUUCCAGAAAUCAGCAAGUACAGGAGCUCUGAUCUAUUACCCUCUAGCUGGAUUGCUGUGGCUUGGUAUCCAAUAUACAGAAUACCUAUGGGUCCAACUCUACAAAACCUUGAUGCAUCUUUCUUAACCUUCCAUUCUUUGUCUACAUGCUCUAGAAGCAAAAAUCAGUUACAACAUCUCCCUCCUGGUGGUAGGAGGGUCAAUGAUGCAUCUCCGAAGUUUUCUCUACCUGUCGUUGGUCUUGCUUCUUAUAAAUUGAGAGGUUCAAUUUUGACUGCCAAUGAAAUCCAUGAAAGGCAGCAAGCAGAUUUUCUGAUGCAAGCUGCUGACGAUUGGCUUCAGCGUUUGCAAGUCAAUCUCCCUGAUUUCCAGUUCUUUGUUUCACAUAACUCACAGUGGAGAUAGCAGGGAAUGAAUCACCUUAAGCUCACUUCUGUAUAGACAGAGAAGUCCAAGGUGUCAAUUAAGGAUUGAAAUUUGUUAAACACAAGCUAACUUAAUAACUUUGCUUUAUUCUGUAAAGGUUUUUUGGUUGCAAAUCAGCAUCCAGAAAGGGACAAAAUGCAUGCGGUUUCUGUAAGAUUUGAAAAGGAAAAUCGAGGCGAAACAAGCAACUAGACACUAUAAAAAUUUCCAGAUGGACGUUGUGGCAGUUGUUUUCUCCUUUCCAGGCGGGGUCCAAGGAACAGAGAUCUGUAAAUUAAACCAAAGAUGUUGCCUCAAUGUUUGUGGGGGUGGCUCAAACCUCGUUGGUCAAAAGUCGGUAGUAAUCAUCUGCCAUGUGCUUGUUGUCCCUGUCCCUAAACUACACUUGUCUUUGCAUGUUUAUGCUCACCAUACCUGUAUUUUCCUGAGGAAGGGUAAAACUAAAACAUCAAUUUAUCAAAUAGUUUCGAGUCGUUUGUGGGAGCGUUGAUUGUUUAUUUUUAACUGAAAAACUUUGUAUUAAAUUAGUAAAUGUAUAUCGAUUAU